GCCUCUCCCAGAUCACGUGCAGCAGCUGCAUCGUGGUGUCGUUGUUCGCAGUCGACGGCGGCGGCCUGGUCAUGGUCCUCGAGGGCUCCGCCAGGGGGCCGCUUCUCAUCGGCCUCGGACUCGUCGUGUUUGGCCUUCUGCUCUUCCUGGCGUCUGGAUUCGGCUUCAGGAAAUUCCAGACCUUCCGCAAGGAGCAGUGGGACGCAAUCAAGGAAGAGGCCCAGAGGCUGGUCCUAGGGGGAGGGGGUGGUCCUCGUCCUCGUCCUGGAGAACGAGAAGAGCGACCCCCUGCCGGCUCUCGUCCCGAACGACGGGAGCGUCGCCGAAGUCCCAGCCGGGCACCCCUGCCACGGCGAAACGGCGGAGCCCCUCACCGUCAAGAUGCGGGAAGGGCUCAUGCUGGUGAAGGAGCUGCGGGGGAAGGAAGGGAGUGAGGUGGUCCUGUGCAUGAAGGACGUGUACGACUGCAAAGUCAGGCUGUACCCGGGGAUGUCGUCCAACCUGAAGCGAGCUCUGUUCUUCUUCCAGUUGGGAUGCUGCUUUAUGAUUGCGUCCGCCAUCGGUCUGGGCAUCACGUACCCUCCAGGCGAAUUCGCCAAGUCCUUCUACAGCGGACUGGCAAUCACAGGAGCUGUGGUUUUUAUCCCUGGCGUCUUGUUUGUCCUCUGGUUCUACGCUGCGUACACCAAAGGGCGUCGUCAGCGCGACUCUCCCUGAUCAGAAGACUACAAGAUCUUACAAGGAUCGCCUCCAUAUCCUGGAAAUUUUGAAUCGAGGAAUAGGUCGUGUGAGAGUAUGUAUGUGUCGUAGUUUGGGUAUCCUUGUGUACAUGCAGAGAGAAUGUGGACAGACAAACUCUCUGUACGUUACAAAUGAGCGAUUAUUAAGCUAAAAUGUCACAAGGAACUUUAAACCUCUUGAGCAGGAGAAAGAUGAGAGAGAGAGACACGUGAACACCAGUAUAGAUGCAGCACAGAUUUUCUCUUCUGUCAGCACAUUUUUAUGGCAAGGAAAAAUAAAUCCGUUUCAGUAUUCGUUUCCUGUGACGAUGGAAAUGAUAGGGAAUGUCUGGUCACUUUCGUUAAGAGACAACACGACAUAAGGUGACGCGGCACGAAUUUCUUGAUGGCUUUGUGGAUCGUGAGGGUGUCCCGGUGG